AUAUCAAAUAGUAUAAUAAUCAUUGCAGGUUUCAUCAGUCCAGUCUGUCCAUUGAAUGGUUUGCAAUCAUAUACGUCUGCGUUUAGCUUCAAAGGGGCAUCUUCGACCACAACCAUUUUUGCAUUCUAAUUCUGGCAUCCAAAGGCAACAAGACCACUUGUUAUGUAUUGUUACCCUUAUUUUUUUUGACACUACAAUGCGUGCACAGCUGCAAGUCCUGCUUUUUUGUGUUUGAAUUGGAAUGUGUGCAAAGGAUUGUGGGUAAUUAGAGGACAUGAAAGCUACACUUGAUGCAUCCUUCAAAUAUUGCUAAAUGAAAGACGCAAAAUUUUGGAAAUCUUCUUUAUGGAAUAUUCGAUUAUUUAAUCAAUGUCAUUUCUUCCCCAUGCAGGGACAAACAGAUCUCCCUGAUGUUAACGAAGUUUUUGUAAUUAAUCGAACAGAAAAUGUUUUAAAAUUCCAAUGGAGCAUAGUUGGGAACAACAGAGAUUACAAUUAUAAACUGGAGAGAGAGGGUGGCACAAACGAAACGAUCACUGUAACAGAAUCAGAUGUAGUAACUCAUGAAGUUUCAUCUCUGAAUUCUGGAACAAAGUACUCCUUUACACUCUACACUGUGUCUGGAGAGAAUCGGAGCACUGGAUAUCAUUUCUCUAAUGUAACUGCUCCAUCUAAGGUUGAGAGUGUUUUAGUCAGUGAUCGGAAUGAGAAUGGGAUGACAUUACAAUGGGAAAAAGUCAACGACACAAAUGAUCACACUUAUGAGCUUGAAUACAUGGGAAUUUACAAGCCUAUACCUCCACAAACUAGUUCAAUGGAAUACCCGGUCAAGGAUCUGUCUCCAGGGACUGAAUACUCCUUUACACUCUACACUGUGUUUGAAGGAGUGAAGAGCAGUGGAUACAAGUUCUCCAAUGUAACCGUGCCAUCUAAUGUUGAGGUGAAUCAGGUGGAGGUCAAUGACACUUAUGUGAUCUUACGAUGGAGCGGCGACAAAAAAUACAACUAUUCUCUUGAAUGCAACAAAAAUUCAUGUGAAAACAGUAUCACUCCAGAAGAGAAUACAUUUAUGUGUCAUAUAUCACUUUUGAUUCCUGCAACAAACUACAUCUUCACUGUGUACACAGAGUUUUUUGAUAUGAGAAGUACUGGAUACAACCUCAGUCUCACCACAUAUCUAUCUAGUGUAACUGAAGUCAGAGUCGAUCGAUCACUGACACAGUUGACAAUCAAAUGGAAUAAGUUAAACAAAAACGACAUCUACAACUACGCCUUGCGUAACAAUAGUGGAAAAGAGGAAAAUUUCACUGCAUCUGUUAUGGGUGAUGAGAUUUCACAUAUUUACUCACAGCUCACACCAGGGACGUUAUACAGUUUUACUCUCUUCACUGUGGUGAAUGGUGUCAGAAGUGAAGGGUUCGAAUUCAAGAGCAUCACCACCAUUAACUGUGAGUCCUUUAACUGGAUAGUCACCAACUCUUCGAUAGAAGCUCCAGUGAAUGGUAGCACACUUGUAACAGCUGAAAACGGCACUGGCAUUAGUAAAAGAGACCCUGUAGAGGGCAACAGGGUGAAUCUGCAAGAUCUUUAUCCUGGAGCAAUCUACAAUGUUUCACUGUGGUAUGAUUUGGAAUCAGAGACACUCCCACAGUGCUCACAUUUCCUGACAUUAUAUCCAAAUAGUGUGCCUAAUCUUCACUGUAAAUAUUUUUCUGGAGGAUAUGGUCUGGCUGUAAUUUGGGACCAUCCAUAUGGAGUCGUGGAUGUGGUGCAGGUGGACAUUGGUAGUAAAAGUUUCAACUGUAGCUCAAAUGAAUCAACAAGACAGGAGGUAACAGGCCUGCAAGCUGCCCAGUGGUACAAAGUGACAGCAACAUCAUUCUCUGGAGCCAAGCAGAGUAAAACAGAAUCAUUAAACUGUCAAACUGAUCCAGCAGGCGUUAUAGCAGGUGUUCUUGUGUUUUUCCUGUUGGUCAUCCUUAUUUGUGCUGCAGUCUAUUGGUGGCUUCGAUAUGGUUCUGCAAAGCAAAAUAAAAGCCCCAAACCACUAGAGGAGUCAAAAGUGACUAAUAAAAGCUACAAACUGAUUCCUGCAGAUAAAUUUCCUGAACAUUUUCGAAACAUGAGUCGUGAUGAGAAUAGAGGUUUCAGUCAGGAAUAUGAGGAAUUGAGUUCAGUUGGUAUCGAACAGUCUAGUGUUGCGGCUUAUCUGCCUAAAAACAAGGACAAAAACCGAUUUACAAAUAUUUUACCUUAUGACUCCUCUAGAGUGCAGCUCACAGUAAAUGAUGAGGACGAUUCUGAUUAUAUCAAUGCCAACUACAUGCCUGGAUACGACAAUGCAAGCAAUCAGUACAUCGCUGCUCAAGGUCCACUGCCAUCCACUGUCAAUGACUUCUGGAGAAUGGUCUGGGAGAAAAGGUCACAGGCCAUCGUCAUGGUAACAAACUGCACUGAGAGUGGAAGGAUCAAGUGUGAGCAGUACUGGCCACUGGACUACACGCCGUGUGUCUAUGGAAACCUGGUUGUGACAGUGAAAUCAGAGAAUAAAGCUCCAAGUUGGACUCUGCGAGAAUUUAGUGUUAAAAAUAAAAGCACCUCUGAAACACGAACAGUGAAGCACUUCCACUUCACAGCGUGGCCGGAUCAUGGUGUUCCCUCUGGCACAGAGGAGCUAAUCCAAUUCAGAGGACUCGUCCGUCAGCACAUAGAGAGUUCCUUCUCCGCAGGGCCAACAGUCGUACACUGCAGUGCUGGAGUGGGCCAGACAGGUACGCUGAUCGCACUGGACGUUCUGCUGCAGCAGCUGGACAGAGAAAAGGCAGUGGGCAUUGCAGCAUUUGUCCAGCAAAUGAGAUUGUGCCGGCCACUUAUGGUGCAAACUGAGUCUCAGUACGUGUUCCUGCACCAGUGCAUCAUGGAUUCUCUGCAACCCAAAUUCGUGGCUAAUUCAGAGCCUCUCUAUGAAAACUCAGACGUGAUCUAUGUCAAUGCAAUAGCGUUAAGACAAUAUGAAAACGUCAAAUAUGAACAAAAAUAAAAGAACAUCUUAAAAUGUAACAUUAUUCACAUAUGGUUAGCAAAAUAGUGUUCUUAUAAUAACAACGUAAGAUCAAAAACAGUCAUAGAAUUUGUUAGCACAAUCUUGAAAACCACAGUGGUGUAUUUUCAGCAUGACUUUCAAAACAUUAAAUGAAAUAUUUCACACCAUAUGUACAUUUGUUAUUAUAAUUAAUUUAUUUAAAAUAAUAAUAAUAAUAUUAAUAAUAAUACUCCACUGCUAACAGGACUGAAAAAUAGUAGUAUUCUGUGCUUAAGCUAUAAAGCACUAACCCCCGGUUUCACAGACAAGGCUGAGAAGGCAUAUUUUAAAAUAUCUCAGUGCCAUUGUUUUGUCUUAAGAUACACACCAAUAAUGUUUUUUUUUUCUUUUUUCUAAGGCACGUUUAUAAAAGCUACUUAAAUAUCCUAAAUAAACUAAGUCCUAAUCCUGGCUUAAUCUAAGAUUUGUUUGUGAAACCAGGCCUAAGAGUUUACCAUUUAAACUUUACUGCCAGUCUUUAUUCAUCUAAAUAUCUGUGUAUAUAGCCUUGUUUUUUAUGUUCAACUUUUGCUUGAGCUGUACUUAGCGUUGCUUUUUUGCACAUUACUUUUAAAAAAG